AUGGCCACAGUGCUCCUUCAUCCCGAAACUGAAUUCAAUUCGUUCUUCUGGGCUCAAGCCUACACAGCCUUCGACGAAAGACACGAAAAGUCAGACAUCGAGCUGCUGAAAGGAGGAGAGGGUAGUCUUGCUGUCAUUACCAAAUUGGAAGACACACUGUCUCGGAGAAAGCGAGAAAACAAAGGCCUUCCUCCCAAGAUCGAGCGGGCAAUCCGCAACGUUCUUGUGUUCAAAGACAUAUCUGUUGCUGCUGCGCAAUUCGAUCCACUGAGAGCUGCGCCCACCAUUGUGCGAGGAGUUUGCAACGUUCUCCAGGUCUUGGUAGAUGGUGUCGACCAACAAGCGGGCUUGUUGAAUGCGGUAGAGGACAUCACAACCAUAAUCCGCCACUGGGGAAACAUCGAGUACCUCUACUUGCGUAGAAAUGCCGAGACAACAGACAACCGCCACAUCCGUGUAGAGGCCAGCCUUCUCGCUCUCUAUGGGCUUAUUCUUGAGUUCAUCUUACACUUAAUCAAGAUCUGCAAGCAUGGCACCACGGCGCAGAUAUUCGGGUCUCCGGGCGCAAAAGUGGAAAUGACUAGACAGCAUUUGGAGGUUAAGACACGAGAUUCACGAUGCAAGCAGGAGUUUGAAGACUGCCAGAAAAUCGGUGACGAGUGUUUAAAAAUCCGCGAAUGGGUGUUCAAGGACGUACCUGAGAAAGCCUACAUGGACAUGUGCGAGCGCAUUCAGCUAGACAAAUAUCCCGGUUGUGGUCAGUGGCUACUCGACUCGGAAGAGUACAAAAGCUGGGAGGCUGGGAACACUGAGGUUCUGUGGAUACGAGGUACCGCGCAGAAGGCACGCGACAUGUACAACGAAUCGGAAAGGUUGCCUUUCGAAAGCAUACAGCAGUGUAAAGAUCUCUUCGACGGAAUCUUGCGCGCGGGAAUCAAAAUUCGCAUUGUGAUCGAUGCUCUGGACGAAUGCGAGGAUUGGAAAGACCUGUUCAUCUGGGUCAAGCUACAACUAGCUGCUUUCCUCAAACCGGAGUACGCGAUCUUCGACGAAACGACAUUUGAGGAUAUGCUUCAGACUCUCGAAAAUCAGCCACUGGCUAAUGCCGACGAGUUGCACAAGGUGACGUCGAAGAGCAGCCAAAAUGCGUCAAUCACAGCCCACCAGGCAGAACGGCUUGUCCAGAACUUCAUUAGUAAAUGUGGAGAAAACUGGGAGUUUUCUCACGCUUCUGUUAUCGAUUUCCUGCAAAAGGAGUUCCCUCUUCUCUACAAUGAGACAGCAUGUCAUACUGACAUUGUCCGAGUGUGCGUUGGGUACCUGAUGAACAACCCAUGCAUGACGCUAUCAGAACUAAGCUUCGCGAACGCUCAAGUUCGCAUAGAGCCCCAAAUCGACUGGGUUGAUUAUGCAUUGAGGCAGUUUCCUCGAUACUAUCGUGCAUUGAGCAAGGAAGCCCGCCAGUCCCAUGACAUCGACAGUCUUCUCAUCAAUUGGAUCGCGGAUCGAGAGAGUCCAGUCCGACUUCAAGACUGGCUCAACGCCCAAGUCCGUCAGGUCAUGCAGCUUCAAUGGUUGAUUAACAACGAGUUCGACGACAUUGUGGAAGCGCUGAUCUCGUCACCAGCAUAUCUGGAGAAAUCCCUGUGCGCAUUCGAGCUCUCUGCGUGCUUGAGAGACAGCCUUCAGCCCGGAAAGAAGCUGCAUUCUCAAAUGGCAUCACUCUUCAUCAAGAUGGUCACCGACAAGUAUUCACAUGAGCCGAUACCCGUCUGCCAGGCAUUCGGUGUCGCUUUUUUCGUAGGGGAUGAGCGAAGUUGCCUGGAGUUGCUCAGUUUCAUCUCGAAGUUCAACCGGGACGACAUAUUCCAGGCUAUGUUCGAGGAGACGGUAGCGUCGUACAAGAAAAUACGGCACCCACUCAAGGAUUUCACUGUCCAGAUGUCAGUACUCGUUACCGGGGUGAUUGACAUGCGCCCACCGGACCAGAAAGUUCUCUUCAUGCUCAAUAAUCUGGUUGCUUAUCACGGCAACGAGCAGGCGAUGGAGCAGUUGUGGGGAGCAGGCGCAUAUCUUACCGGAGGUGUAAACGGUAGAAAUCAUGUUCUGUUCGCUGCUGUACGGGGUAGUCACCUUGCCAUCGUCAAGUUGGUCCUAGCAAAAUGUGCCUCGCAAGACCAUGAGAUCGAACCUCGGGUCAUCAGUGGAUGUGCGUAUAUUCUCGAACACAGCGAGAAGAAGGUGGCGGCCGAUAUCGGGAAGCUGUUCUCUAGCUUUGAAGGAUGGUCCGACGCAAAAGAACUGGCGCGCACAACUCGCGAAGCAGAAAGGCAACUCCACGGGAUGCCAAGGAACAUCCGAUUACGCAUCGAUCCACGCGAAGCAAUGCAGCCAGAUACGCCACCACACCCAAGCCAAUCAGCGCCCGAUUUGUCGACAGCCAAACAUGACAGUACCUCGAACACCAUGAGUGAAAGAGACGCAAGCGGCAAGAUCGUUAUUCCCGUGCAGAGAAAAUCACACGGUGCGGACGAGGAAGAUCACAUAUUCACUCCCUCGGCGGUAGGAGACUAA